AUGCGCCAAAUCAGAAAAAUGUACAAUGGAUAUGCUAUUGAAUUAGCAUUAUCAUUAUUUGGUUUCACAGCUGGAAUGGAAAUGUAUUCGUAUAUUAGUUUAAAAAACUUUAAUAUUUUUGCAACAUUUUAUAAAUUUCCAACAAAAAUUGAAGAAAAUCUAUUAAAGUCAAGUAAUGUUAUGGGCGCAAUUGGGGGUGGAAUUAUUGGUGGUGAAAUUGCUGAACAUUUUGGAUUUUUAAAAGCAUUAAAAUGUCUUUGCUUAGUUUGGAUUAUUGGAGUAAUGCUAUGUUUCAUUUCAGAAUCAAUUCCAAUGUUAAUUAUCGGAAAAGCUAUAAAAGGUGUUGCAAUAGGUAUAAGCACAGCUACAAUACCAGUUUAUCAACACGAGAUCAUUCCAUCAAAACGUCGUGGUAGAAUGUUAACCUUGUUCAUUUUUUCAACUUGUUUAGGUAAUUGUUUUAUGUUCAUUCUACCAAUGAUUUGCUUACCUCAGCUAAAAGGAUUUCAGUAUUUGAUUUUGCAUUGGCUAAUUGAUUUAAUUCCAUUAAGUUUUGCAAGUUUAGCUAUACUUUUCGUACCUGAAAGUCCCAAAUUUUUAGCUGAAAAUAGUAAAUGGAGUAGAGCCGCAGAUGUAAUUGAAAGUAUUGAAGCAAAUAAUUCAGGACAAGUUUCAGCUAACAAGUUAAAUUCAGAAAGAGGUAAACUUGGUGAUAAACAUUUUGUAAUUAAAAAAUAUCCAACUGCAAAUAUUAAAACGUGCUCUAUGAAUAAUUUAUUUGGUAAAAAAUAUAUCAAAGAAAUAAGUACUGGUAUCUUACUUCAAUUAUUGGUUGACUUUAUUGGAAUUACAAAAUUAGUUGAGUGCUUCAACUAUAUUUGUUUUGCUUGUCAAAUUAAAAGUUUAAAUGAAUUAAAAAUGGUGCAAACCUUUGAUUUAGUUAUUAGAACUGUUUUCAUGUUGGUCCCAAUAUUAAUUAUUGAUGCAAUGAGAAGAAAAGAUGUAUUCGUGUUUGAUUGGGUUUUAAAAGUUGAGUUUUUUGACGAAACUGCUUCUUUAGUUUUAGCAUUGACAAUAUUUAUGGAUAUUGUUUGUAAUGCAAUUGUAUUACCAAGUUGCUGGUUAUUUAUAAUAGAAAAUUUUUCAUCAACUUCAAGAAUGAGAGGUUGGGUAGUCAUCACAAGUUUACAUUGGUUGUUUGAAUGUUCAUUAUCAUUAAUUUUUCCAUUUUUACUUCUGCAUUUAAAUGGGUGGUUAUUUUUCAUAAUUGUUUUCAUCUGCUUAUUUGGUACUGGCUUUAGUUGUUUCAUCACUGAAACCAAGGACAAAAGUUAUAUUGAAGCUUGCCCUAGAAGUGAACCAAUUGAAAAACCGAAAUCAAAUGAAUUGCGUUUCAAAGAUACUCAUGAUUUAAAAUGA